AGGAAGACAUUCUCACACACACACACACACACACACACACACACACACACACACACACACACACACACACACACACACACACACGCGUGCGCGCACACACACACACUCACACACACAUACAGAUCUGAAGCUUGAGGAGAGACACGCGUUCACAAUGGUGUCAGAGCCUCGUGGAGAAGCGAGCGGUGAAGAAGAACACAUAGAUGUUUGUGAGGAGGAGAAAACAGAGGAGAAGAAUUCACAGACUCAGUUCAACAGGGAAAUGGCGAGUUCUGAACUGACCAAUGGGAGCGCAGAGGAGACCAAGUCUGGCCAAUCAGAGAGUGAGGAGAGGGCGUUUAUCAUAAACCUCUAUCGGUUUAUGAAGGAAAGAGGCACACCCAUUGAGAGAAUUCCUCAUCUCGGCUUUAAACAGAUUAACCUGUGGAAAAUCUACAAGGCUGUGGAGAUACUUGGAGGCUACGAGUCGGUGACGACCCGGCGGUUGUGGAAGAACGUGUAUGAUGAGCUGGGAGGGAGUCCGGGCAGCACCAGCGCUGCUACCUGCACUCGCAGACAUUAUGAAAGGUUAGUUCUACCUUACGAAAGGCAUCGGAGGGGAGAGGAAGACAAGCCACUUCCUCCAUCUAAACCUCGUAAACAGUACAAGAGAAGUGAAGAGGGCAAGGGCAAAAACGAGAGCAAGAAAAGACGCAGAGGAGAUGGAGAUGAUCCUGAGGAAGUCCUGAAAGGAAGUCACCUCUGUGAGAGAGGAGUGUGUUCUCACUCUGGACCAUGGCCGGUUUCUUCAGAUAAUUCGGAUAAUGACCAGGUCUCAACUCAAGACAUGUGCCUCAGAGAGAAGCCUCUCCUUCAGCCACUAGUCCCUGCACUUGUUAUUUCCCCUCUGGAGAAGAAGAAGCGUCUGGCGCAGGCAAGCUUGAGCAUAGCUCCCUCUACUGGCUUGGAGGAUGGAACAGAACCUGAGAGACCAUCUGUGAUUCACCUGUCACAUAUGUCUACACCUUCCGGACGCGAAAGUCACGCUUCUGACAGCUCGCCCCUGCCUCUCUCCUCCCCCUCACCUUCACGGAGCAACUCCCCUUUCUCCGUGUCCUCUGAGGACUGUGCAGCCGUUCCAAUCCAGAAGACACCAGUUCCAGAAACGAAGAAGCACAAACCAGCACGCUUUGGAGCUUCUCCUAAAUCUAUUGGGCAUGUGUGCCAGCCGUUACCCAUCGUGCAUUACCCCUGCCCCAAAGAUAUGUCCUCUUUGCCACGCCAACUUCACCACAGCUUCCUAAACCUCACAUCUACACACCCAGACAAAACACAGAGACACCCAUCAGUCCGGCUACCCUGGGUGCCUCAAGCUGAUUCAAGCUUCACCCAGGUCAUUCCUCGCUCCCGCGAACACUGGAGGCCAGUGUCGUUACAUCCAUUAUAUAAAAGCCACGGUCCCAAUUCCAAGAGACCAAGUAGCACAGAAAAGAUCCCGUCUACUCUACGCUUCCCAGAUCGGAAUGACAAAUCCAAGAUGAUGGUUCCCAGGCCAAUGCCGACGCAGCAGUACCUGCUGCAGCCCACCUUGCCAUACCUGCUGUCAGGUUUCAACCGGCCCGGAGCGGAGGUGCUGGAACAGAUGAAAGCUUUACCCUUUCAACCCAUUCUCUUCCCUCAUCUCAGCAUUCCUCAGUCCCAGACUCAUCCCACACAUCCCCUGCAGGGUCCCUUUCCCGGGCCGUACGAGGCCACGCUGCGUCCUUACCAGUACCCGGUACCAGGCUGGCAUCCCGGAUUCAGCAUGGCAGCACUGCAGCCAUAUUAACCCCUGCAACUUGAAUUAGACUGUCACCCGUUUGUAGUGGUCAUAACUUGACACAUGGUCAUUAUAAUGUAGCUUAUGUUAUGUUAUGCAUAAGAAAUUCACACCGGUAGUCACUCUGCCUCAUUAUGACAUUUUACUUCCACUGUGUAUGAUGACUUGAAUCUCUUGACAAAUGAUUUUUUUUGGUUCAAUGUUAUUUGUUUAUCUCAACUUAAAAUACAGAUUUCCACAUCACAUCAUCACCACUUCACUGCUUAUCACUUAUCGGCCGCAGGUUAAAAUUAAAGAUAGCAGUAUAUUUAUUUUUAAGGCAUAUUUUUCCUUAAAAGAUCUUUCUCUGAUGAUGUGAUGGAAAAAAUCUAAUUUUUAAGUAUUGAAUGCUACUAAACUGUAAGACACCAUAAGUAAUAAGUAGUAAGUAAGUAAGGGGGGCACGAUGGCUUAGUGGUUAUCACAUUUGCCUCACACCUCCAGGGUUGGGGGUUCGAUUCCCACCUUCGCCUUGUGUGUGUGGAGUUUGCAUGUUCUCCCCGUGCCUCGGGGGUUUCCUCCGGGUACUCCGGUUUCCUCCUCCGGUCCAAAGACAUGCAUGGUAGGUUGAUUGGCAUCUCUGGAAAAUUGUCCGUAGUGUGUGAGUGUGUGAGUGAAUGAGAGUGUGUGUGUGCCCUGUGAUGGGUCGGCACUCCGUCCAGGGUGUAUCCUGCCUCGAUGCCCGAUGACGCCUGAGACAGGCACAGGCUCCCCGUGACCCGAGGUAGUUCGGAUAAGCGGUAGAAAAUGAGUGAGUGAGUGAAUGAAUAAAAACAAACAAGAAUAUUAUCAAUCCAUUACUUCGCACUACUGACUGAAUCCUUCCAAUGAAGUAAUGUUUGUUAACAUGUAUAUUUUUACUGUGUAUAUAAUAUAUUUUUUCUAUUAAAUAAAUUUGCUGUGUAUAAAAUUCCUCUCAGGUUUGACAAACGUUAUACUGUGUAUUGCACUGAACUGAAAUAAAUGAACUAUUUUGAUGCACUCUAGUAAAUUUACUGGAAGCAAUCGAAGUUAAAAUGGUUGAUUAGUGUAGGAACAAUGUUCCAAAAUUGCUGCAGUUGCUAUUGCUUUGCUGUUAAUGUUGUUUUGCAGUUGUAUUAAUGUUGUAGCGCCCCCUAUUGGCCAGAGUGCUAAAUCUGCGUCUCUCUCUCUCUCUCUCUCUCUCUCUCUCUCUCUCUCUCUCUCUCUCUCUCUCUCUCUCUCUCUCUCUCUCUC